UGUCAGAGAUCUGUCUGCGCGACACAAGAGUAGAUGUGAGCUCCUAGAGUUUAUCACUGAACUGCGAGAGAGAGUGACGAGACAACACACGACUCACACCACAAUCUCAGUCAACGCGAGGCUUUCCAAGUGUGGGAUAGAAUGCCGGCGAUAAGUAAACAUUCCGACAUGGAGUUUGACUCUCUACAACCCUGCUUCUAUCCAGACGAGGAUUACUUCUAUUUCUGCGGUCCCGACUCUGCGCCUCCCGGAGAGGACAUCUGGAAGAAAUUUGAGUUGCUGCCUACGCCGCCCCUCUCCCCGAGCCGAGCGGCGCUACCCGGGGAGCUGGCCUCGGCGUCCGUGGGGAACUCGGGCGACUCAGCAGAAGGUCCCAUGGGUUUUGGAUUAGGCAACCCGCUGGGGUGCGACUGGACCUCGGAGCUCCUGUUCCUGCCCGAGGAAGAUAUUUGGGGUGCGUCGGAUGGAGACCUGUUCGGCAGCUCCGCUUUGAAUAAUAACCCCAACUCCAUCAUCAUUCAGGACUGUAUGUGGAGCGGCUUCUCUGCCAGGGAAAAGCUAGAGAGGGUGGUCACAGAGAAGCUAGGCAAAGCCAUUUCCACCGCGGCUGCCUGUGGAGUUAGUAAAAAUGUCACUACCGCCGCCGUCAUCACCACCAAGGCGCCUGAGCUGAGCCGCUCCGAGUCGGAGUGUGUGGACCCCACGAUAGUCUUCCCCUUCCCUGUCAACAAAAGAAACGGUAGCAGCAGCAGCACCAGCAGCAGAUGUCCACAUGGGACGAUCCCCGCAUCUACUGCCCAUUGUAGCGCCAAGGAAAUUCAGAGCGACUCCGAAGAUGAAGACGAUGAUGAAGAAGAGGAGGACGAAGAUGAGGAGGAGGAGGGCGAAGACGACUCGGACGGCGAAGAGAUCGAUGUGGUCACCGUGGAGAAGCGGCGCGGCUUGUCGCUCUUGGCCACCGGCACGGUCACUAUCUCAGUACGGCCGAAGACGGGUGCCACUUCCGGGGGCGUGGCCUCAUCUGGCGUCGUGAGCCGAUUUGUUAGCAACCGGGGAUCAGCGGGGUCAAACGGUUACUGUCAGGAACUGAUCAUGAAGCAGAGCUCGGUCCACCAGCAGCAGCACAACUAUGCCGCUCCCUCGCCGUACGCCUCCGACGAUGACCACGCACCCCCCUCCAAGAAACACAAGACCUCUGACGCUCCUCGCCAACCUUCCCGCACCCUCUCUUCAUCAUCCUCAUCAUCAUCGCCGUCAUCCUUGACAUCAUGCGGCUCCUUCGCCAUGGCAACGGCAGGUUCCAAACGCAAACGCAACGCCAGCGGUGACAGCAGCACGCGCAGCGGCGGUUCCUCCGGUAACUCCGACUCCGAAGACUCCGAACGGCGGCGAAACCACAACAUCCUGGAACGCCAGCGGCGCAACGACCUCCGCUCCAGUUUCCUCACGCUCCGCGACCACGUGCCCGAGCUGGCGAGGAACGAGAAGGCGGCUAAGGUGCUGAUCUUGAAGAAGGCGGCAGAGUAUGUGUCGUCGCUGGAGGUGGACGAGUUGCGGCUGACGCAGGAGAAGGACAGGCUGCAGGCGCGGAGGCAACAGCUGAUGAGGAGGUUGGAGCAGGCCAGGACACGCUAAGACUUGCCAGUGGCACAUAACGCAAACACAUACACACAAACAUAGGAACAUACACACACAUAAAGUGCCUUCGGAAAGUAUUCAGACUUU